UCAUGGGAAAUCUGUUCAUUUCCAACCCCAUGCUUCCCUGGUGCACUGUAGAUAUGAAGGAACUAAUUAGAUAUAGGCCUUUCAAUUUUGUCUGCAGACAUGAUAAGGCUAAAUCCUUUCACAGCAACACUUAUUAUAAAAUUGAAAAGAUAGAGUUCCUCAACGUAGAGGAAAUGUUUUCUUCAUGUCCAACUGGAAUGAACAGCAUUUGGUAAUUAAAGACCACAACAUGGCAUCCCAGAUCCCAGCGCUCCCACAGUCCUAUGCUCCAGGGACUGGCAGCGUCUUUUCUGACCAGUCAGGCUUUUACGCUCUGGACUCCAGUGUUCCUGGGCUCUCUAAGGUGAUUCUUAACAAGCUCAACAUGAAGGACUACAGUGAAUACAGGGCUGCUGUUGAGGGAAAGACGAAAGGAAUCUCAUUCCGCACCUACAAGGAGUUGUUCCAGAAGAUGGAGGAGACCUUCAAGUUUUGCACCGGCUGCAGCAAACUCCCAGAGCAUCUCACCGAGGGACAGACCCUGAAGCGCUGUGUGAAGUGCUUGAACGUGUACUACUGCACCAAGGAAUGUCAGAAAAAAGACUGGCCUCAGCAUAAAAAGUUCUGCAAGAUGCUGCAUCUGGUGGCCAUUGACAGACUAGUGGAGUGGCUGAUGUUCACUGGAGACCUCCCAUUCCCCACUGAGAAGUGGUCCAAGUCAGCUGCUGAGGUAAAGAACUGGGAAGACUGGCUUCCUAUGCAGGAGGACCUCGCGUCACGUCUGGACACCAUACUGUCGGGUUCCAACAUGGCAACCCUUUGGAAGAAUGUCAGCAGGCCAAGGCCAGAUGACUCUGAACUGAAACAGUCUUUAUGGCGGAUUCAGAGCGAGUUCCUCUCUCGAGUUCUCACAGUUGGGCAGGCCAUGCAACGUUUUCGCCUUGACCCUUACGCUAAGCCUCUCACCAUUCACUUAGCGGGGACAUCCUACAAUGAGACCAUGGGGGCCAGAUUGACCGACUUUGAUGAGCUGAACAACAUGUUCCCUGAACACCAGGGUAUCGAGAUAGUCAUGGUGGGACCAGAGGUGGUGGAAGGCCCCAUCAUGAGGCCUCCUCUCAAGGCGUUUGGCCCCAAGCAGAAGGUCUACAUCAGCGCCCACAAGGGCCUCUACCACCAGUUCUGGGAGGAUGUGGUAGAGAAAGAGGAAGGAGCUAAGCCAGAUUUGGUGGUUGGAUUUCAUCCUGGGUUCCAUGCUAACCAGGGUCUGAUAGAAGGCUGGCUGCCCACCCUUCUGCUGCUCAGAGAUUAUAACAUCCCUUCACUCUUCACUAUGUACAGUGAGAUGGAGCUCAAGUGCUCACUCCAGAUUCUGUUGGAGUUGGAGAUACACAUCCGGGACAGUGGACCCAACCCAUUCACCUCACAGAAACCAGAGCAGGUCCAGUCCUGCCCCAACAAUAGCCCAGUCUACUGCAGCUCUCACUACAUCUGUUUCCAGGGAAUCCUGCCUGAAGAAGGCUUAGAGGAAGCCGAGCCAGACAGUUAAGAGGCCAUUGUGAGGAAAAACAAAGCCUGUUUGGGGUGCCGCAAGUCCUCUAUGUUAAAGAUGUGGUUUUUAGAAUAGGAGAAAAAUGCACCUUCAUUGUUGCAAUAAUAUACUAAACACUGUCCUUUCAGUUCUGAAAUGAUCAAUUAAUGAGACAGAUUACAGAAAUCUCUCAAAGCUCAUUAUUUAGAAUGAUGGCACCUGAGGGCGUCAGCGGGACACAGAGAUUUGUACUGUGUUGGUGCCCCGAGGUGGAAUCGCUGUUGGAUAUUAAGGGUCAUGGGUGUACAUACGUAAUGAGACCAAAAUGUAUCAUUUGAUGUAAAUUGAUCUGUGGGUACACCUAUUCCCAAAUCUCACAGUAACUGCAUGAAAUCAGAUCACACGCAUGCUAAUGUAACUCAUGAUCUAAUAUUACACUUAAAUAAACUAUACAGUGCCACAGCGCUUGAAUUUUACUAAACCCUGGUUUAUUUUUUCUUAUUUUUUGUGAUUCUGUUUCUCAUUUGUAGCUGUUGCAGGACUUUAAAAUGGUGAGUUGUUGUUCUGGAGUAUGUGGUGUGUGUGGACAAUGGAUGUUCUGUUGGUGAACCCAAACCUGCCUACAAAUUGUGGCUCUGUUCAACUGUUCAUGCUUUAGACAUCUCACCAUGGCUUUGUCUUCUUAAAUAGACAAUAUAAUAGUUCUUAUGUGCUGAGUGGAGACUCUCAUAAGCAAUCAUGCCAUUUCUCUAUCUCUUGACAAUAAAAUGGCCCAAAAUCCAGGCAGCAUUUGUUUGACAGCUGUUUUCAGUUGUAUUCUGGGGUUGAUAACAGUCACAACAGACAAUACAAUGUAAUCCAAAAAACAGCAUGAGGCACAGGCUUAAAAAUUGCCAUAAGGAAUUGCCUGUCUGACAGUCUCAACAAAACUGAACAAUAUAUGCUUUCACCUAUUGCAGGCCUUUUGUAAGGGAUUGCAUUAUAUUACAAAGCAUGGACGAAAAUGAAAUAAUUUUGCCUCUGUGGCAGCUUAUGAAAUGCCACUUCAUGACUACAAAAUUAAACCCACUUUCUGCAAACAUUUCAGAUAAAUCUUAAGUAGUUACCAGGGAACAAAUGAGGAAUGAAUGAGGAAAUAACUGCUAGUGAACAAUAAGUCAAUGAGUAGUGAAGUAAUAGCCUAACCACUCAGUAUUACGAUUAUGUAAGUUUACUUGCACAAAAAACAGUAACUAAUGUUUAAGUAAUUAGUAAUAAAUGAGUCUUUAAUAGUUUUUUUUGUUUUGUGCUGUUCACUGGCUGGUUCAGAGUUAAUCCGGAAUUACUGGAGAAAGUGGUCAGUAUGAUCGGUAACUUUAAAUUUGGUAUACCUUAUUGUAGUGUUACAUCCAUAAAUUCCAUUUAAAAAGAGGAAUGGCUUGAUUUUCCAAUAAUUUAGCAGUCAAGUGAUAAACACAUUAGAACAAUAAGGGAAGACUUACAUACAUCUUUUCAUUAUGAUCUCCCUGUGUGCAGUGACUCAGUUCUAAAUGAAUAACAAGAACAUUUCAUGUGGGUGGGUCACAAAAUCCAAUCUUACUAACCUAAAUGGGUGUGAGGACAAUCCUGCCUAAAACUGCUAUUUGUACCAGUGAAAAAGGUGAAAUGUAUCUGCUGUUUGUUGGUUUGAUGUUUGAAAAUAAAUAAUAAUGCUCACUCAUGACACUGAUA